GCCCAGUAAGGGUCCAGUAACGGGGCAAGAAAUGGACCAGUAACGGCCCCGUAAUGGUCAAUGAUGGCACCAGUAAGGGCCCAGUGUUGGCACCACGAUGAGCCCAGUAAUGGUCAAUGACAGCCCCAGUAAGGGCCCAGUGUUGGCCCCAGUAACAGCCCAGUAUGCUCUAACGGCAGCCCCAGUAAGCACCUGGAAAGGGCCCAGCGCUGGUCCCAGUAAGGGGUCAGCUCCCUCCCAGCGCUCCCAGUGCUGCUGCCCAGUGCCCGGCCCCACCAGCCACGCCUGGCCCUGCGGGUGGCCCCGCCCCUUCCGCGCCGGCCCCGCCCCUUCCGCGCAGGCCCCGCCCUUUCACUGGCGGCCCCGCCCCUUCCAGGCGGGCCCCGCCCCGCGCAUGCGCCGAGGCGCCCCAGGCCCCGCCCCUCGCGGCGCUGCCCGGCGGGGACGCGCGGGGGUCGCGGACCCAGGUUACGGCCGGCCCCGGGAGCCCCCGCACCUCCCCCCCCAGAGCCUCAGCUGGGGGGACCCCCAUGGAGACCCCCGUUGGGCCCCCCGGCACUGGGACCCCCCCAGGGAUACCCCGAUAGGGGCCCACCCCAGCCCUGGGAGCCCCCUCACCCCGAUAGGCACCCCCACAGGGACCCCCCCCCAGGAGGACCCCCCAUAGGGUCCCCUGACACUGGGACCCCACCUUUCUACUUGCAGGGACCCCGAAGGGACCCCACAGCCAAGAGAACCCCUCAUCCCUGGGACCCCCUCACCCAUACAGGGACUCCCAUAGGGCCCCCAGUUCUGGGACGCCCCUAGGGCCCGGGGACCACCCCUCACCGCACAGGGACCCCUGUAGCUCCCCCCAGCCCUGAGAUCCACCCCCCAGGCAGACCUCCGUAGGGCCUCCCCUGGGACCCCCCUGACACUGGGACCCCCCUCAUCCAUGUAAGCCCCCCCCAUAGGGCCCUGGGACCCACCCUCAGCCCCAUAUGGACCCCCCCCAUAGGGCCCCAGCCCUGGGACCCCCUAGGGCCCGGGGACCACCCCAUACCACAUAAGGACCCACCCUUACCCCCAGCCCUGAGAUCCCCCCAGGAAGGCCUCCAUAGUGCCCUGGGACUCCCCUGCACCCCCACAGAGCCACCAGUCAUGGGACACCCCCCCCCCCCCCGGCAUUCCCCUGACACUGGGAUCCCCCUCACCCACAUAGAGACCCCCAUAGGUCCUGGGGACACCCUUCACCCCCAUAGGGCCCCCAGCACUGGGACUCCCAUAGGGCCCUGGGACCCCUCUCACCCCAUGGAGCCCCCAGCCUUGGGACCCCAUAGAGCCCUGGGAUGCCCCAUCACCCACACAGGGACCCCUGUAGGGCCCUGGGACCCCCCUCACCCAUGUAGGGACGCCCACAGGGCCCAGAGAUCCCCACACUCCCAUGUAGGGGUCACCAUAGGGCCCUGGGACCUCCCUCACCCACAGAGUGACCUCACCGGGACCCCCUGGCCCAGGGAUGCAGGGGGUCAGGGUGCCAGAAAGGGCCAGCCCUGGGGCUGGUGGGUGCUGGGGGGCGCUGAGCCCCCCCCUCCCCAUGCCCACCCUCCCAGCUGCAGGCCAUGAGGCGGCGGGGGGAGCGGCCCCCGAGGGAGAAGGCAGCGGUGGCUGUGGAGGAGGAGAUGAAGAGCACGGGGAGGAAGGCUGAGCAGGGCGCAGAGGAGUACCAGUGCACCGGCCUCCUGGAGCAGGACUUCCCUGAGCUCUGCGCCCGCGCCGGCAUCGCCGGCGUCCCCAAAGUCACCCUCCGGCUGGCGCCGAGCUUCCCUGCGGACGAGGAGCCCGCCGAGCCGACGCUGACGGAGGCCCUCGCCCGCAUCGAGCGCAAGUACAGCUACUUCCAGCCCCGCAUCCAGGUGGAGAGGGAGCACGAGGACCCCCGCAGCGUCCGCGCCGUCUUCCUGCGAGGCUGGAAGAUCGAGGAGGAGAUGCUGGGGGUCCUGAGCCAGUGCCUGCCCGCCCUGAGCGGGCUGCAGGCAGUGCACCUCUGGAAGGUCGGGCUGACGGAACGGCUGCUCCCGGCGCUGGCGGCGCUGGCGACACGCUGCCCCUGCCUCCGGACGCUCAGCCUGGAGGGGAACCCCCUGCCCGAACCCGCCUUCCACACGCUGAUGGGGAGCGAUAGCACGCUGGCCCACCUCUCACUGCGCAACAACAGCAUCGGCGACGCGGCCGCCCGGCUCAUCGGGCAGAGCCUUUCCACCCCGAGCUCCUCCAGCCGCAGCCUCGUCUCGCUCGUCCUCAGCUUCAACCGCAUCUCGGACCUGGGAGCCACCUACAUCGCCGAGGGCUUGCGUUUGAACCGCUCCCUGCUCUCCCUGUCCCUGGCGAACAACGACAUCGGCGACGCGGGUGCCAUCGGGCUCGCCGAGGUCCUGGGGCCGUUCGCGCUGACGCAGGCUGAAGUGGUGGAGCGGAGGCGGCUGCUCUUGGCGGAGGCGCUGGAACAGUCCCGCACGACCCCAAAAGAGACCGAGGGUCAGAGCGAGCGUCCCUCCAACCUGCACGGCAGCGCGGCCCCUGACAAGCCGCCUCCGGCCAAGCACGGCAAAACCCCGGCCAGGAAGAAGGAGCCGCUGCGGAAGGAGGAGGUCAGGCAGCUGAAGAAGCCACCGGAGCCGAGAGUCAGCCGCAGCAGGGAGGCAAAACCAAGCGGGCAGGAGAAGCCAAGCCUGGAGGGACCCUCCUCUGUCCAGGCACCGGAUCCGGCCGAGCCGCCGCACCCGCUGCUGGAGGAGGCCAGGCAGCACCAGGGCAGCCUCGUCCUGCCGGGAAACCGGGCGCUCCUCAACCUCAACCUGAGCCACAACCGCAUCACCGAGCGGGGCCUCGGCCCUUUCCUGGCCGCGCUGGAAGCGCAGCAGCGGGAGAAGAACCCAAAGGUGCCGGGGCAGCAAGGGCUGCUGUGCCUCUCCCUGGAGCCCGGCCUUCGUGCGGCUCCGGGAGCUGCUGCCGCCGCAGGACCCCCUCCCCAAAACCCAGGGCCAGGAGGAGGAGCAGGAAUUGGGGCCCUAAGGGGCCCCCGAGGAGCCGCACGCGAGCCCGCUGCUUGCCUUUUAAAAAAAAAUAAUAAAAAAUCCAAACCUUUACCACGGAAAGGAAGAAAAUAAACCAGAUUAUACAGCGUCGAACAGCAA